AGGUUGUAUAUGUUGCCAUUAUUUCAGAAAACUGUAAUGUAAUCCUCCCGGAAGAACAGAUACUAUUUAUAUUAAAUGAUUAAUAAGGAGUCAAUACAAGUUAUCUUUUUUAAUUCCCAUGGUUUGGACAGGUAUUGAGCAGAAGCGAAACAUCUGCCUAUGAGGGAAAAUGAAGGGGUAACUUUUUAAAGUGACGCAUGCGUGUUUAUGCACACUUUGAAAUGUGGCGCGUAGACGGCAUAUUGUAAAUAAACGCGAGGACGUCGGAACCUUUGUCAUAAAUGAACGUAUGUACUGAUAAAUACACGUAAAAGUGAAUUAAAAUGACGCCCGUACGCGGUUCUAAUCGAAGAGCAAAAAAAGUACCCGACCUAAAAAAGAAGACUAAAACUACAAAUACUGUCAGUUCCUCAACAGAACAUCCGGAUUCUCCACGCAGGGACGACGAUGAGAGGCAAUCACCGAAGAAAAGAAAAGCUCCCCUUAAGGUCGGCGAUCGAGGAAACCUGAAGAAGAUCCGCAGGUCGUCCAUCAUUGCACUGGAGAACAUGAUGGACCUGGCCAUACUGUCAACUCUUGUUAUGGGACAGAAAGAGAAGAAGGAGAGCCAGGAACAUCUAAAUAUUCUAAAAAACAGGUUCCUAACUCAUUGUGCAGAGCUCCAAGUCCCAGUGAAGAAACAGGAAGAGCUUGGACAUUCAUCACAGCGCCACCAGGUGGAGACAAAGAAGUCCGCACUCGGGCAGCAGACUCUUUGCGCCCUGGAGAAAAACCUCCAAUCUGUGAUUAGUACACUGGAGAGCACAGAGGAGGAGGCUUCUUCCCUGCAAAGUGCAUGCAAUUCUCUGAGGGAGCGACUGGAAGAGGAGGAGGAGAACGCUAAGGAGAUGCUACAGAGAAGUCAUCAGUCAGUCCUCGGCCUCCCCUCUCACCCGCCAGGCAAAGAUGAAUCAACAUUAGAGGCCCGCUUAAGACAACAAGUACCAGACACAGACCGUGACGUCACCGCUCGGGAACUGGGGAAAAUCUUGCAAAAGCCGGACGCAGUUAAAAAUGCAAAAAUCCUGCUUACUCAAGCGCAUAUAAAUAUCUGAAUGAGCUGUGUCACGUCGAAAGGCUUCCCCCUCAGAGGCGGGACGUGUUGAUAAGGCGAAUAGCUGCUUAAUUUAAAAAAAAAAAAAAAAAAAAAAAUUAAAUAUACCGUAAUUUCCGGACUAUAAGCCGCACCUGACUAUAAGCCGCACCAGCUAAAUUUAGGGGAAAAUACAGAUUGCUCCAUAUAUAAGCCGCACCCGACUAUAAGCCGCAGGGUUUUGAUGUGUAAUUACUGUAGUAUAUUGGGGUUCCUGCUACCACGGAGGGGAUUGUCGGGACAGAGAUGACUGUUUGGGAACGCAAAGCGUCCCAUUUAUUAACAAUAAAUCUUUAAAUCAUUCAAUCAAACUUUCACAUCUUUGACAUGGCGAACAGCAUUCGUGCAGAGUACAAAUAAUACAACGGUGCAAAGUAAUAGAAAGUGCUCGCCUGUACGUUAUCAAAAUAACCAGCCUACCGGUAUAUGAAAAGUCAGUCUUUAAUCAUUCUGUCAUCGUCUUCCUCCUGCGUACUAAAACCACCGUAAUCCUCUUCGUCGGUGUCGGAGAAGAACAGGCCGUAAAUAAGCCGCACCCUUGUAUAAGCCGCAGGGACCAGA